AUGGCGGCCGACAAGGCUCUGAAUUUGCAAAUGCAAGUUCGUAGAAACACCGAGGAACUGGGAGAUUUUCUCAAAGAUUUAGACCGCUGGGAAGACGAUAUCAAAAGCAAAGAUGAGGACUUGAAAAUCUCGAAGACUUCCGGCUCAACGAGAUUGCCGCCCGUAAGAAAUCAAGCGAAAAAGAAAAAGGUUAAAAAGAACAAAGAUGUAUCAAAAGAUCAGAAGAUGAAGUCUCGGAUCAGUUCGUAUGACUACAGGUCUUGGGACAAACUAAACGUAGAUGAACUGAUCAAUGACUUAGAGGAGAAAGAAGAAAUGGAAACCCUGACCAGCUCUGAUGAUGGUGAUGGUGAUGAGAUGUUAGAUGAUGAUGAUGAGCAAGCUGAGGAGGAAAGGAGACUCCAAAGAGCCCUGCUUGAAAAAGACAAGGGCAAUGACUUCUUUAAAAUAGGAAGAUAUAAGGAAGCCAUUAAUUGCUACACAACAGCUAUGCAACUAGACCCAAACAAUGCAAUCUUCCCAGCAAACCGAGCGAUGGCUUUACUCAAGGUUGAAAGGCAUGGUGCUGCGGAGUUAGACUGUGACUUAGCCCUUUCUUUGGAUUACUCGUACACCAAGGCAUAUCUGCGGCGAGGAAAGGCACGAUCCCAUUUAAAUAAAUUGCAUGAGUCAUUGUCCGAUUUCAAGGAGGCAUUGAGACUGGAGCCUGGCAAUAAACAAGCACAACAAGAGAUUUUAAACUUAAAACAGAAACUUGGUAUUGAGGAAAAGCCACCACAGAAAUCUGACAAGCCUGCCAAGAAACCCCUUAAAAGGAUUGUGAUAGAGGAAAUCGGGUCUGACAGUGAGGAUGUGGAAGUGUUGCCAGCUAUUCACAAGACAUCAGGCAUCCUCAUUAAAGAGCAAGCAGCAGGGAGCGAGAAAGCUGGUGUUAAUACAAGUGCUGAUAAUAGUGGUGUAUCAAAGGCUGAAACUACUUCAUUGGCUUUAACUGAGGAUCAUAGGGAGCCACCAUUUCAAUCUCUCUCUUCAGGACAGUUUCCAAACAAUGAAAACAACCAUACUGAUUCAACAAAAGACUACCCUCCAAAACUUAAGCCUAAAAGAGUGUUUAAUGUCCCAAAAACUUCAGUGCAAUUUCAGUCAGACUGGAAGGUGCUUAAAGGUGGGCCACCAGAGCAGCUAUUUGAUUACUUGAGAAAAAUCAAACCUGAGAUGUAUCCCAAGCUGUUACAGCAAAGUAUUGAAUCAGAUGUACUGACUGGUAUGCUUCAGGUUCUCCACCAAUUCUACAUCCCUGCUGGGAUGCCAGUCUACAAUGAGCUACGAUGGAUAGCACAAGUCAAGAGAUUCAGCAUGGCUGUGAUGUUUCUCUCACCCAAGGACAAAUCAGUCUUAGAAGGUCUAUUCAAGCACAUCAGGCAAGACAGCAAUUCUCCAAGUGAACCAGAAAUCACAGCAUUAUCUAAAACAUAUGGUUUGUGAAAUUCAUAAGAGAGAACUGCAUUUGCUAUGAAAACUGAUUAAUCAUCAACUAAAACAAAUGAUAUGACAUUUGACAUUGCUUUUGCUGCUAUUUAUUGAAUAAAUUAUUUUUUAGUGCAA